CAAGAUAAGGUUCCUAGAAUUGUGUUGCGUCGUAUUUUCACUUUGAGCUCGACGGUGACAGAGGAGAGAUUGCAAGAUUAGGCCCUGAUGAGUCAUAAAGUGCGUGGAGGUGAUGUGAUGUCCAAAGACAAACAAAAAUAAUUAACUUCUGCUGAUUCAAAUAAAAAUGGCUGACCGUGGUUUUGGGAUUCGGACGCCAUCUUUAAUUGAGCAGCUGAGAGCAGUAUUAGACCAAUAUCCAGAUGAUGGGCAGAUUCUGAAGGAAUUAAUCCAGAAUGCUGAGGACGCUGGAGCAAAAUCUGUGAAAUUUGUCAAUGACAGACGCCAGUUUUCUGCAGAGUCUUUGUAUCAACCAGAUUUGAAGAUAUUUCAGGGUCCAGCUCUGUAUGCCUACAAUGAUGCUGUUUUUGGUGAUGCUGACUGGGACAGAAUAGGAGCCAUCCACAAUAGUAGCAAGAAAGAUGAUCCACUAAAAGUUGGAAAAUUUGGGUUGGGGUUCAAGUCUGUCUUUCACAUGACAGAUUUACCAAGCGUAAUAAGUGGAGACAAGAUAGGAUUCCUAGAUCCACAUGAAAAAUUCUUUGGUCUCAGGACAACAGGGAAGCAAUGGCAUCUUGAAAAUGAUGAGGAAGAAAUCUCUUCUUUGCCUGAUCAGUUUGAACCAUUUGUGGGGAUUUUUGGUGGCCGUGACAUAACAUUCAGUGGUGAAGUUUAUAAGGGAACACUGUUUCGCUUUCCACUCAGGACAGGUUUACAAGAUCCCUCUCAAUUCUGUUCACAAUUGUCAGAGCAGAUAUAUGCAUCAGAAAAAAUUGACAGUUUGUUCAGAUCUUUCAUGACAUGUGCAUAUAUGAACCUUUUGUUUUUGUCAUCACUGGAAAGCAUUGAAUUGUAUGAAAGAACAGAAGGAAGUGAGAAACCAGAGUUAAUCUUUAGGUUGGCAUUACAUAAAAAGUGCAUCAAAGGUGUGAGAUCAAAGCGUAGAGAGUUUUUGUCAGAAAUUGCUAAGGUGCGACAAACCAAUGAGUGGCCAGAAAAACCAAUUCAGUCCACGUAUGAGCUCCAAUUCACAGAGACGACAUAUAUCCACCAAUCAGCUGCCUCCACACCUCCCCCUUCGAAGAAGGCCAAAAAGUCUGUUGACAAAACUUCUAAGACGACCAAAUGGAUGCUAACAAACCACUUUUCUGGAGGCCAAGUGAGUUUGCAGUUUAAAGAACUGGCAAAUGAUUCAAAACUGGGUUACCUUCCAUGGGUGGCUGUUGCUAUGUGUUGUAGCACAAAGGACGAACCAUUUCAACAAGUCAAACAGAAGCCCCAACAACCGAAGGGCCACUUCUUCUGUUUCCUACCGCUCCCACUUGAAGAAAAAAGUGUGACUGGUCUACCAGUUCACAUCAGCGGGUUCUUUGCACUCAGCCAAAAUCGCAGACAACUGAAAUGGCUCACUGCCGACCAAGAUAGGUCUGCCCUGACUGAUAAAGCUCUUCUGUGGAACAUCUAUUUGGUUGAAGAAGCAGUUUCAGUGGCGUAUGCAGAACUCCUAAAUUGUGCCAUUCUCGCAGGCUUUUCACCAAUGUGCGUUUAUAAUGCAAUGCCAGACUGCAGUUUAACUGAUCCCAAAUUUGAAAAAAUGGUCACACUUAUGUACAGAGUGACUCUAAGGAGGCAAUCAUUUUAUAGCCCAACAACCGACACCUCUUUCUCUGCCAGUAAAUGGCACAAUGCCAGUGAAGUCUUGUUCAAUGAUUUAAGCCCUAACAUUGACAAUGUUGAAGAUCUUGUGAAUGUUCUCAUGCAAAGUGGCGAAAAGAUUUGCACAGUCCUAUCACAUGUGGAAGAAGCAUUACAAAAGCAUGAAAUGAAAAUUACAAAGAUUCAGCCAGGAGAUGUGCGCACUGCUCUAAAGAAACCAAAUGUGUCCACCUGGGUAGACAGCCUCUCAUUUGACAAAAAGAUGUCCAUCUUAAAGUACAUCCUCUCUGAUUCAUCCUAUGGUGAUAUAAUUGAUAUCAAACUUUUGCCCCGAUGUGACCAGGUUUUUGUUAGCUUCCAGUCCAGUGCAAGUAAUGCAGUGUAUAUUCCAACCAAGGAUCAUCCAAAAGACCUUCUCCCCGGGUUGACCCACAGCUUAUUGGAGACUGAGAGAGUUCCAUCUGAGGUUGCAGCACAUCUCGAAAAGAUGGCAGCUUUAGGAUUAACCCAGUUGAAAUUUCUAGACAAGACUUCAAUGGCUGAAUUGAUCAGAAGACUCUUCGACCCCUGCAGAGACAACACCAAGGACUGGGAUCCUCAGACCACUAACCAUCCUACUCAUGGCUGGCUUCAGAUGGCAUGGGAGUACCUGACCCGUCAAUUCCCUGACAAUCUCUCCAGGUUUGAAGACUUGCACAUUCUUAUUGAUCUGUCUUCUUGUAGAAUUGUGAAGCUGAGUUCUGGCUUACCUGCUUUGAUAACUUUUUGGCAAGGGGACAGACUUGAUGAUGGUUUAGCUAAGUGGCUUAAAGCAUUGGGGGUAAUUGUAUUUAAGAAUCUCCCCAAAUUUAUUGAAGAUCACCAUGCUGUUGUACCAAAAUACAUAAGUCCUCCAACACCUGAAGGUGUUUUACAGGCUCUUUCAAAUGUGCAGACCCAAACCAACUUAGAAAAGAUAAAAGAAUGGCCAUUGGCAGAGAAGGAUAAGCUCAGAAAGCUUGUCUCUGAAGCCUCUGCACAAGACAUAAAGUCACACAAGGAAUUGCUUAAGGAACUUCCAAUCUUUAUGUCGGUUGGUGGAACAGAAUACUCUGAUCCUCAAAGUUCUGGCAACAGAGUUUCUCUCCAUGAAGCAUCCUGGGUUUUACAUCAAAGUCCAAGCUUUUCAUUACGCAGGAAGUUUAUCGAAGCAUCAGGAACAGACUCUGAAAUGCUAGUUCAGCAAUUAGGAAUGAUAAUUUUGGACACAAAUGACUUGCUAAGAGAAAUUGUUUUAAAAGACAUUAAGUGGUACCAGGAAAGCGGAGAGAUUGAUCUUUUGAUGAAGCAGGUACUGACCAUCAACAUGAAUGAAGAUGAAGAUAUAUACCAGAUGGUGAGAGGCAUUUCUUUUGUUCCAAAUGAAUCAGGAGAGAGAUUUACAGCAAGCCAAUUGUUUGAUCACCAUGAUUCAGUUGUAUUUGAUCUCUUUCAUGGGGUAUGUGACAUCUUUCCAAUUGGACAGUAUAAGGAUGAUCUACAAUUACAUGCAGCUCUGAAGAGGUUAGGACUGAAGACAGAAAGAGAACAAAUAACAGCAGAGGACAUUUAUAAGGCAGCUGAGUACGUUCAAAACGUGUCUGCUGAGGGAUCGGCCAUGCAAAACUUUUUGAUUGAUAAAUCAGAUGCAAUUAUGACCAUAUUGAGAUCCAGACCAACUAUAUUAAAGCAUAGCCUAGAAAAUGGAAACACGCUCUCAGGCAGUUUGAAAAGAACCAGGUUUAUCAAGGUCAAGCCAAGGCCAGAGAAUUAUCCCAAUUCUUUGCCUUGGUGUCCAUCAGAUUGCACCUUUUUAAGUCCAAGUGAGUUAUGCAGCAGUGUCUAUGAAAAAGUGAUAGGUUCUGUGGAGCAUGUCUCUGAUGAGGUUGUGGAUGAAGAGAUCGCCAGGGAAUUUGGAUGGAAUGAAAGGCCCACUUUGUCAAAAGUCAUAGCCCAGUUAGAACAGGUAGUAAGCCAUUACACAAGCAAAGAAAAGGGUCUAUUUCUGCCAAUGAUUCUAGAUAUCUAUGGAGAAUUGUUUCAUCCAGUUAGGGGGGAUGUUCCCUACGACGGCCUUAAAUCCAGCUCACAGAAAUGGAUCUGGAAUGGAGAUGGGUUUUCCUCAUCAAAAGAUGUUGUCCCUGGUAUUCCUCCAGAACUGCAAGGGAUUCAGCUGCACCCUCAUUUGUUUGUCCUUCCAAAAGAAGUAGAGCAAUUCAGCGAACAAUUUUCCCAGUAUGGUGUAGAACCAAAAGAUAAACUUGAAAUCAUUCUGCAGGUGCAAAGCAAUAUCCAAAUCAAAUACCAACAAGAAAGGGUCCAGUCUCAGAUAACCAACAGCAACGCUGCAGAUCUUGAUGCACAGAGAGAUCUUCAGACCAUUAUUGAUCUGUUGCACAUUGUUGAGUCAAUGGACGAGGUGACAAUAUCCCAACUGCAAGAUGAGCUCUUAGUGCCUGUUCAUAGUGACGACAAAUCUACCCUCAUCCUUAAGCCAGUCUCCCAGUGCACUUACUGUGAUAUGGAUUGGCUACAGCAAGGGUAUGAUGUCACUGAUAUUAGUGAUGAAGAAACAGAAUCUAUCUUCUUUGUCCAUGAGCAUGUCUCAAUGCAAACUAGUGAAAAAUUACGUGUGCCAACUCUUAUGAGUCGUAUUUUAGAUGUAGAAGAGUUGGACAUGAACUAUGGCCAGUCUGAGCCACUGACAUGUCGCCUUCACAAUCUGCUUAAGGAAGGCUACACAGAUGGGUUUUCUGUCCCUAAGGAACUUAUUCAAAAUGCUGAUGAUGCAGGAGCCCAAGAAGUGAAGUUUCUGUAUGACCAGAGAAGAAAUGAAGAUGCCCAGACAUGCUUGAUAGAUGAGGGAAUGCGAAGUUGCCAAGGACCUGCUCUCUGGGCCUAUAAUGAUGCUGUGUUCACAGAAGAAGAUUUCAAAAACCUUGUUAAGCUGGGGGCUGCAACCAAAGAAAAGAUGAGUGACAAAAUUGGCAAAUUUGGACUUGGGUUCAAUGCAGUCUACAAUCUAACUGAUGUCCCAAGUUUCAUUAGCAGUAACAGUAUAGCCAUCUUUGAUCCGCAUAUGAAACACUUGGGAAGAGCAGCAAGAUCAAAACCUGGAAUUAAGAUUAAUAUAAAAAACAGAAAAAAGCUUCAGAAGUUGAAGAACCAAUUCAAGCCUUUUAAUGGGAUUUUUGGCUGCAAUCUUGAUUCCACUGCCAAAUCUUGCAUAUUUAGCUACAAUGCAACAUUAUUUAGAUUUCCUCUACGAACAAAGGAGCAAUCCUAUAAAAGUGAGAUCAGCGAUGUGCAUUAUGAUGAAAAACAAGUGCAAUUGCUUCUUCAGAAAUUGGUCGAUUCAUCUUCAGAAGUUCUACUUUUUACUCAAAAUGUAAAGAAAAUAUCAAUUUAUCACCUCCCCAAGGAUGGAACCCCAUUAAUGAUGCAGUGUAUCUAUGAAACAACAAAGAACAUCUCAAAAGUGAUAAGAGGUUUGCAUUUACCAGAGGUUCAGCAAACACAAAUUUUAAAAGCUUCAACCCAAGCCCUGCAAUCAGCAGAAUCAGCGCCACCAAUUCCAAUGCCCAAAGACACUCAAAAUCCAACAGUGUCCCUUCUUCUUGAAAUGUCCUCCAAAAUGGAUGCAGGUAGUGUGAGUAUUCGCAAAACUGAGGAGAAGAAAGAUUUCUGGCUGGUUACGUCAUGUAUGGGAGACCUCACAUCACAGAUGUUGACCAUGUGCCAGGGAUCUGGUCUUGUACCUACAGGUGGAGUGGCGGUUCAUUUGAAGGAGUGCAGUGUUGAAGGCAGCAUUAGACAUACACCACUUUGUACUCAGAAGGGAACAUUCUUUUGUUAUCUCCCUCUUCCAAUUUCCAGUGGAUUCUCAUUUCAUGUCAAUGGAAGCUUCUCUGUGGAGUCCAACCGCAAACAUCUAACUGAGAAAACAAUGGAUGAUAAAGUUUCAAAAGGAGCUGAAUGGAACCAAAUCAUCAUGAAGGAUGUCAUUCCCGAAGCACUUCGAUUUUGUCUUGAAGACUUGAGAGACUUAACAUGUGGUACACCUUACAGUUUUAGUGAAUUGUGGCCAACCUGUGGGAGCACAUAUAAACCAGUAUGUGAGCCUCUUGUGCAGCAGUUUUAUGCCUCCUUAUUUUCCACAGAGGAACAGCAGGCGCCCGCUUUAUUUUCAAAUGGGAAAAUAUGGGAAAAUGUCCAUAAUGUUGGUAUGCUCACAGAAGAUGUCAAGGGAUCAGAUAUAGUGACCCAUGCUGAAAGAAUAUUAGAAGAUUAUCUCCAGAAGAGGGGAAAGAUAUAUGUAAAAGUUCCCAGUGAGAUUAUGGAAACUAUGUUGUCAUUUGCCCCUGGAGAGAUUCAAGGAAAGAUCAUGUUUGACCUUCUCAGGUUAUACAAUGAAGCAGUUUUCCCAAACAUCAACACUCUUGAUGGAGAUGUCAGGGAUGCUUUGAUACUUUAUGCAAUUGACCAAGAUGAUGAAUAUCUGAAUAAACUCUUGCAGAGAUAUCCAUGCAUUCCUUCCACACCUCAUGGUGAGUUAAAGCAACCCUGUGCUCUCAUGCACCCAAACAGCAGAGCUACCCCAUUGUAUCACGAGGAAGAUGGGAUUUUCAUCAAAGGAACCAAAAGGUGUUACCUGAACUCAUGCCGCCUUCGGGUAUUGAACAAACUUGGCAUCUUUAAAGACAUCAGCGGUGAACAGAUUUUGGAGAGAGCCAAAAGUGUUGCUGGUCUCCAUCAAACUGAUAAUGCAAGAGGAGUAGAAAGAGUAAAGGAGAUAUUGCAGUACCUAGACUGGAGGCUGAGUAAAAAAGAAGGAAGUAAAUUGAAAAGUGAACUCAGUGGCGUAUUACGUGAAGUGCCAUUCCUUCCAGUUAAGCCCAAACCAGACGGUUACCCACUUCCAUGGAAAGGCAAGCACAACAAUAUUGCUGCACCUAAAGAAUGCUUUUCAACAGAUGUAGAAACUUUAGUAUCUUCUACUGCUGCUGUUAUCGACAGAAGGGAAUUGAAAAUGAAGGGAAGUGUGGAGAUGUUGCUCAAAAUAAAGUCUCGAAGAGAUGUUGAACUUGACCAGGUAUGGGACCAGUUUGAUGAGGCCAUCGCAGCUGCCCCAAAGUGCGGAAAGUUUGAAAAGCUGAAAGAUAUUAUGAAGGACAUUUAUCAGUUUCUGAAUUAUAUACUGCAAAGGGAACCUGCACAACAGUUCGCUAUCAGUAAUGCACUGCAAGGGAGAAGUGCAGUGUACAUUCCGCAGUCACAAGAGUUUGUCUCAGGCAGUAAAGUUAUAUUCAACUCCAAGGACAGAUUUGAGCCACUUCUUUUUGGGUGUCCUUAUGAUUGGAGAGACUUCCCUGAUGUCAUGGAAGCUGCUGGUGUUCGAGAAGACUUUGAUAUUGCAGAUUAUAUAAUGGCCCUACAAAAACCACAUCAAACAUACAGCAAAAAAUCACUGCCAUCAUACAUACGUCAAAUUGUGUCUGCAUUACAGCAGAAAAUUGAGAAUGAGGUAAAAUCUGAGCAAGUACCCCUCACAACGAAAUUGAAAUCAAUUGAAGAUAAAAAUGGACCUAUUUAUUUACCAGAUGAAGAUGGAGUGAUGUCUGAAGCAAAGGGACUUUAUUUUGAUGAUUGCUCAUGGCUUGAGAAUGAUGAUGAUGACAUGCAUUGUGCACACAAAGAUUUUCCAUUUCAUGAAGCUAAAGGCCUUGGUGUUCAGACGAAAAGAGGUGAAAAGCUUAGAAAAUGUUCAAUGGGUAUACCCUUUGGUCAGAAGGAAAAACUUACAAAUAGAAUCAAAAGAAUACUAGAAGGAUACCCCUGUGACCAGGAUAUCCUGAAGGAGCUCCUACAAAAUGCAGAUGAUGCAAAGGCAACUGAAGUUCACUUUGUUUUAGAUCCCAGAAAGCAUUCCACCGACCGCAUAUUUGAGGAUUGUUGGAAGCCAUUGCAGGGACAAGCUUUGUGUGUUUACAACAAUAGUCCAUUUACUCAAGCAGACAUAGAGGGUAUUAGCAACCUAGGUGAGGGAAGCAAGAGUGAAGAUCCAAACAAAACAGGGCAAUAUGGGGUUGGUUUCAAUGCUGUAUAUCAUCUCACAGAUGCCCCAUCUUUCUUAACCAAAGGACAGGAAAUUGGAGAAACAUUGUGUGUCUUUGAUCCACAUUGUAUUUAUGUGCCAGGUGCGUCUUUUGCAGAGCCUGGAAGGCGUUAUGAUGACAUUCCAAAGUUAAGGAAGUCUUUCCCAGAUGUAUUUGCAAGCUACUUGGAUGACAUGAGAGAAUCUUUUCCAAUGGAGGAAGCUACCUUGUUCCGAUUGCCACUCAGGAAUGAAAACAUGGCCAGACAGUCUAAGAUAAAACCAAGACCUGUUACCAUUCCAGAAAUGCAGUCCCUCAUGGCAACAUUUCGAGGUAAUUUAUUUUUGAUGAUGCUAUUUCUCAAUAACAUUAGGAAAAUAAGUGUCUCAGAAAUAAAUAUGGACACUGGAGAGCUGCAGGACACAUACAGUGUUGAGGCCCAUCUCAGUGAUGAAGAUGCACAUGCACAGCAGUCCUUUCUUCAGGAUAUGGUGAACAGCUCAGGGAGACUGAAAACACAAAAACUGACAGUGGAACAGUUACAUCCCAUCAAUGUUUCUUUCACCAUGUCCUUAGAAGACAACAAAGGCAGAUUAGAAACAUGGCUUAUCACCCAACAGUUUGGCUUCAGCAAUCCAAGCUCGAUAUCUACAACUUUAAAGAAGGCCCUCCGGGACAGAGAGUUGGGAUUACUGCCACGUGGAGGAGUAGCACAUCUGCUUCCACCUGACAGUUUACCGACAGAGAAAUUAGACCUCCCAAAAGGCAGGUUAUUUUGCUUCCUGCCACUCCCACUGAUAACAAACCUCCCUGUUCAUAUCAAUGGUCACUUUGCACUGGAUCAUGAAGCCAGGAGAAACCUUUGGAUGAACACUGAAAAUACUGAUGUGAAAACUGAGUGGAACAACACAUUAAUAGAGCAAACAGUUGCACCUUGCUACACUAACAUGCUUCAGCAAACAAAGAUGAUUAUCAUGAAAGAGAUGUCUGGAGGUGAUGAGACCCAGAUAAGAAGAUCUUUGAGCCAGUAUUGUGAGCUCUUUCCAGAUAUCCAGCAUCAGGAGAAUUACAUGCGUUAUCUGUCUCAAAAGGUAUACCAGUUGACCAGUGAACUUCAUCUGAGGGUUCUCCCAGUUUUGCGACAUGCAAGAGUGAGUGAGACGGGAUUUAAAGUUGCAUGGUUUCCACCUACAGGAAGUGGAAAAGAUGAAAUAUUCUUUGAUGACUUAGAUACCCAGAUUCAGGAACCAGGGUCAGGGUUCAGAGAUACAUCAAAAUGUCAAGAACCAUCCUCCAGAGAGAUU